UUGCCUAUUUGUAACUUUAACGGUUAGUUUAUUUACUAUUUAACUCUCGAUUUUGAAUUGAAAAACCAUUGCUUCAAUUGCUGCUUUUUUCUUGACAGAAUAUUUGCGAAAUUUAAAGAAAAGCUCAUAGUAAUAUACAAUUAAAAUAUGUCUAGUGAGAAGAAAUCUGUCCUGUUUGUAUGCUUAGGUAACAUUUGUCGUUCUCCUAUGGCAGAAGCUGUGUUUGCACAUUGUGUGAAGGAAAAAGGAUUAGAAAGUAAAUGGCAUAUCGAUAGUGCAGCUACUGCAGACUACCAUACAGGUAAAAAUCCUGACAGAAGAGCAAGAAGUUGCUUACAGAAGCACUCCAUUCCAAUGGAUCACAAAGCCAGGCCUAUAAUUGCUGAAGAUUUUGAAACCUUUGAUUAUGUUUUUGGAAUGGAUGAAGCUAAUAUUAAAGAUCUAAAGAGAAUGGCACCUAAGAAUAUCAAAUCUAAAAUUGAACUUUUGGGAGAUUAUGAUCCUGAAGGACCGUGCAUCAUUCGUGAUCCUUAUUAUGAUGAUGAUGCAGAUGGAUUUGAAGAAGUUUAUCAACAGAGUUUACGAUCCUGCAGAGCAUUUCUUGACAAGCACUCUUGAAGAGUUGGAUAUCAAAUAAUGCUGUUAAAAAUAGUAAUCGCAUUAUGCUGCAAUAAUAAAUAAUGAUAAUUUUGUGUUAAAAAACAACUUAGGUGCUGCAACAUAUUUUUGAAUUGCAAGUCACUUUUAUAAGGCUAAAUCCGUCAAUUCAUUGACUUGAAUCAAAAGUCUAAUAAUUUGUAUUUAUUUUAUUAAAUUGCAUGCAAUGUUGAGUACUAGUUUUACUAUACACAUUAACAAAUUCUUUUAUUCCAUAAAUAUAUUUGAAAUAUGGACCAUAAUAUGUUAACAAAAGAUCUGCUGUAUCCUUUAUAGUUGUUAAAUUACCCUAAAGAAGAUAUUUAUGCCAUCAUUUCUUUACUCAAAAAAUUUAAAUGACAAGAAUUGCAAAUUGUUCAGAUUCCUUUGUUGUUACAUUAAAAUUUAUUAACAUUUUGUA